AUGCCUGAACAGAAUGCAUUCCUCGCUCAGGUUCCGCUGACCGUAUCCCCGUUCAUCACAUUGCCAAAGGCCCCGACAUUACCACACAAUUACGCCAGCCUGCCAUCCACACUACCACCUUCUAUCCUCAACCCAGACGGGGAUGACCCUUCUGCGCCCCCAGCCUAUGUGACCUCAGGCACCGGCUUCCGUGCUCAUCCAUCAGCCGUCAUUGCCCAGAACAAAGCUCUCCGCGAUCAACUCGAUACCGCUGCCUCCGAAGCCAGAACCAAAGUCCGCGACUGGCGAACCGCCAUCGAUGAGCGCGAGCUAGCUGAAAAGAGAAGGAAAGCUCCUGGCUGGUUAGACAGCGAUGCANAAAUUCUGAGGCCUGCGACUGCGGUACCACCACCGGACACAAAGCCUGGUGCUAGUUUGUUGGAUGCAGAAGAUGACAACACUGAUGCGCUGCGGCCGCAAGAGUCUGGGAAUGACAUGGGGUCGCAGAUGGAUCGCGCCUUUGGCUGA